GAUGGAGGGUCAAACAAACUAAAGGCUGGAAACUUGAUUGCUGGAAACCUGGUUCAGACUGUAGCAGCUGUGACUGUCCAGAACACAACUAUGACGUUCUAUGAAGCUUGGCGUUUCUGCUCGGUGGUAUUGGUCUUCACACUCUUCCAUGACCUGGUAACUGCACAGUUUCCUCGACAAUGUGCCACUCCAGAGGCCUUACUCAGUGGCGAGUGCUGCCCAGGUGUAUUUCCUCAAUUGUCUCCAGAUGCAAGUGACCAGUGUGGCUUUACUGUAGGUCGAGGCCUGUGUGGUCCUAUUAGUGUGGACUCCAGGCCUCAUGGACCUCAGUAUCAGCUGGAUGGAACAGAUGACCGGGAACAAUGGCCCAUCCGUUUUUUUAACAGGACAUGUAUAUGUAAUGGUCGAUUCUAUGGUUAUAACUGUGGCAGCUGCAGACCUGGAUGGACAGGGGAUAACUGUGACCAGCAACUUGUAGCAGUGAGAAGAAAUGUGUUGGCUUUGCGUGCUGAAGAGAGGAGGCGAUUUAUUGGUGCACUUGAUCUUGCAAAAGACACUGUACACCCAGACUACGUCAUUGCAACACGCCAUUACAAUGAGCUCAUUGACCAAGAGAGCAACACUACUAACUUUCAAAAUAUUUCAAUUUAUGAUUUCUUUGUUUGGACCCAUUACUACAGUGUUAGCAAAACAUUUCUUGGCGCAGGCCAGGGGAGUGCCGGUGGCAUAGACUUUUCUCAUGAGGGUCCUGCUUUCCUUACCUGGCACAGAUACCAUUUGAUGCAACUGGAAAGGGACAUACAGAAUCUUUUACAGGAUCCUUCUUUUGCACUUCCUUACUGGAACUUUGCUAUUGGUGGAAAUGAAUGUGACAUUUGUACAGAUGACCUUGUCGGUGCAAGAAGCAAUUUUGAUCAAAAUCUCUUAAGUCCCAACUCUGUGUUCUCUCGUUGGCAAGUUGUAUGUGAAUUUGUGGAGGAUUAUGAAAGCUUAGGCACCAUCUGUAACAAUACAGUGGGUAACUCAAUCAGAAGAAAUCCUGCUGGUAAUAUUGCUCGUCCAAUGGUACAGAGGCUUCCUGAACCAGAAGAUGUAGUUCUCUGCUUGGAGGUCAAUUUGUUUGAUACUCCACCAUUCUUUUCAAACUCUACAGAAAGCUUUCGGAAUUCCAUUGAAGGUUACAGUGAACCUUCCGGGCAAUAUAAUCCCACAGUAAGAAGUCUUCAUAAUCUAGCUCAUCUGUUCCUAAAUGGUACAGGGGGUCAAACUCACUUGUCUCCAAAUGAUCCAAUCUUUGUGCUUCUGCAUACCUUUACUGAUGCAGUUUUUGAUGAAUGGCUGAGGAGACAUAAUGUGGAUAUUAAUCAGUAUCCACUGGAAGAUGCUCCAAUUGGUCAUAACCGGCAAUACAACAUGGUUCCAUUCUGGCCACCAGUGACAAAUAUUGAAAUGUUUAACUUGGCUACAGACAAUCUGGGAUAUUCAUAUGAUGUCCAGUGGCCUAGUCAGGCACUAAGCAGUACAGAGAUCGUCACCAUAGCAGUUAUAGCAGCUCUUUUUCUUGUGGCUAUAAUUUUUGCUGGUGUCACAUGUGCUGUUCGACGCAGAAGCGGAAAGAGUGAUGUACUUCAGCCGCUCCUUGGUGAAUCCUAUCCACGUUAUGCUGAAGAUAAAGAAAAUACAGAAUCGGUGUGAAAUAUCUAAAAAGGUCUACCAGUUUAAGUGAUUUCCUUGACUAGUGCCGAGCAGUAAUGUAGAAGCCUUUUGGUAUACUGUAAAAUGGAAAGUCUUAUUUCAAAUUGUUGCGAAUACUACAACAUGCAGUUGGCUUCAAUUUCACAGAAAUGCCUAUCUGUGCUGCUAGCAAAAAUGUAAUUACACUGUAUCUUGAACAGAUGUUAAUCACUGUAUGAAACUGCAUGAACCCACAGUUUGGAUGGUGACCAUUGUAGUCCUUUGAGCUGCUAUUCAUAAACUUUAAUGGCCAAACAUAAAUUGACUAUGAAUAA